GCCUCUCCUCAUCUCAGACUCCCGCCCGUCAUCAUCACCACCCGGCCUCCGCGCGCCGCCCCGUCCGUGUGUGCUGCAGAACGCGACCGCGCUGUAAAUAUCUGUCCCCGGUCGUCUUGCGUACUCAGUCGUCAUGUCUGAAGCAGCGUCGUCCUCGUCGUCCGCGCCCGCCGCCAGCUCGUCCAGGGCACCCCCGAAAGAUGCCGCGACGGAGGACAUUGAACGGCUCCUCAGCAGGGAGGCCACCGCGUUCCAGCGCGAGAUCGAGGUCGAGCGUAUCCUGAAGGCGUUCAAGCUCAACCCGUACGAGAUGCUGGACAUCAGUGAGGACGCGACACCCGAAGAAAUCAAGAAGAAGUACAGGCAGCUCUCGCUCUUCAUCCAUCCUGACAAGACGUCCCAUGCCCGCGCCCCAGAGGCUUUUGAUCUCCUCAAGAAGGCGGAAUCAGAGCUGUCGGAUAAGCAGAAACGCGAGGAGCUCGACGCCGUGAUCCACCAAGCGCGGGCGAUCCUGCUGAAGGCGCUCACCCUCCCUCUGAACACCCGAGAUGACGACCCGCGCCUGAAGAGCCUCACGCCCCCAUGGAAGCAGCAGCUCCUCACGAAAGCGAAGGAGAUGCUCAUAGACGAGGAGGUCCGACGACGGAAAGCCGUAAAGAUGAAUUUGGCAAACGAAGGUCUCGAGGCGCGCAAGAAGGAGGAGGAAGUGAACGCCAAGAAGCGCAAGGCCGAGGAGGAGGCGCGCUGGGAAGAGACCCGCGAGCAGCGCGUCGGCAAUUGGCGGACGUUCGCCACCAACCCCAAGAAGAAGAAAAAGACGAAGGUGACGCUCCUCGGCUGAACGCCGUUCUGUGGACAUCGUGUGUAUAUUAGAGGCCUCCAGCGCCGUGCAGCAGGACCGUCUGUAUGUAUUCCCCAUAUUAUCGAUAUAGAUGAGUUUCGCAUCCCCCGAAUCCCCCAAGCGCGUCGAUAGUCAGUGAUAUAAGCUUACAGAGUGGUAUAAUAAGUACGACCGCGAGCACGCGUGCAUCCCUAGCGGAGCACGCGCCGCUCGACCCAACACAUUACAUCAAUUUCGUAUGGUAUCGUCCUGCGUGUACGCAUAUUCCGUCUUCUCACUGACCCUUGCGCGCCCCCCGGGCGCACUGCCCUAGUGGUAGCCUCAAACACAUUCAUGUCCCUCGUCCCUCUCAAUCCGAAAGCUCAAUCACGUCCUCCUGCGGGGGCUCCGGCGCGACGCGCCUGCGCACAUGCCGCGUCGGGACGGGCACAUUCUCCUUGUCGCCCUCGACCUCGUCGUCGCUGAUGUCAAUCACGUCCAUCGGCGCGUCCGCCCCGCUGCUCGACGACGCCGGGCCCGCGGCCACCGAGCCCGCGCGCCGGUGUGCCGCCAUCCCAGUCGUGAAGAGUGUGCGGGUCGUGGACUGACUGCGCGGCUCCGGCUUCACUCGCGUCUGCGUCUGCGGCGCCUGGACGCUGCUCGCGCGGCCGUUGGUCGUCGCGGGCGCGGCGGUGUUGGCGGUGGCGUUGGCGGUGGCAUUGGCAGUCGAGUUGGCGACGGUGUCGCGGAGGAGCGCCUCCUGCGCAGCGCGGUCGACCUGCUCGAGGAAGCUCUCGUCCACGUCGAACUCAAAGUCGUAGUCUUCCGAGCCCGGCUCGCCAAACGAGACCUCCGCGCGCUGCUUGCCCUUCCCGUUAGAGGCGCCGUUGGCCGUAGGUGACAUGAACGGAUUCUCCUCGUCGUCGCUCUCUGGGAGGUCCGCGGGCGGCGCGCGAGGUGGGGAGAGCCCAAUGGCGCGGGCGAGGCUCCGCAUUGCGCCUGCGUCCCCGGAGUUGACGCGGACCCUGCCGACGUCUGCGUCUUCGUCCGCGCCCGCGUUGGCGCUAGCCAGGCCACUCGCACUUGCGCCACUUGCUGGCUUGGAGAAGAACCGUGAGCGCUGCAACACUGCUUCGCGCGGGGGUGGGUCCGGGGAGGGAGAGCGACCGACACGACUGGGUCGUUUCCGGCGACGAGGCUGGCCCAUAUCAUCGUCAUGCUCACGCUCGACUCGGCGUGGCGAGUUGGCGCGGCCGGCAUCUGCGUCGUCCGCUGGAGGAGAGAUGUCGCGGAGUGCGGGACGGGGAGCAGCUACUGGAUCCUGGGCGGGUACCGGUUGGAUGUCUGGUGCAGGUUCAGGCUCCGGUACGUCCUCUCCUAGUCUCGCCUUGAGAGCACGGAAAAAUAUGGCGUCGCGCUGUGCAUCCCUAUCGUCGUUUUUCGUACCCUCCAUUACCUGGACACAGUCGGGCUUCAGGAGGGCGGUGUUGUGACGGAUUGAUACGUUGCUGAGGAUCAUCUUACAACCCAACGGGGUUUCGCCUAAUUCGAACUGAGGAAAUGGCUUGCACUCAAUCCCGGGCAAGACGGCCACUCCAUCGCUCAGUUGGAACUGCAGCAUCGAGCGCGGAUACUUCGGCAUCGGUUUGCGUUCUUCGCCAUUCCUCUGCUCGCGCCCCUCCCGCAGAGCCGCCUGCUUGCGGUACUCCUCGCGCGACUCGUAAGUUUGGAGCAAACUGUAUGCGCUGUGGCCGAUCUCCAUUAUGCCGACUACCUCCACGAGAAUGGGUCCUUGCAGGACGGUGUUCUCCGCAGCGUUGAUGUUCUCUGGGAAGCCUGUCCCAGGGACCAUACUGUCGGCGAAGUCCGACGCGAGGAGUUGGGCGUUGACGAGCUCGAGGAUCGCGGGCAUGUCACGCGCGGGAUCAAGGUUUCGCUCCUCCAGAAUCCAGGAAUAGCAACCUUCGAUCCAUUCAGGAUCGACGGUCGGUCGCGGAUAGGUGCGUUUGAGCCACCGGGCAACUUCGGCGGGAGGGCGGGUCAUGCUGGUAUGCGAACUAGGUGCAGUGAGAAUAUAUC